UACAGUACUUGAGUAAAUGUACCUGGUUACAUUCCUCCACUGUUACUUUAACUUAAAUAAAGUAUCUCCUUCCACCGUUUCCCCCAUGAUAUAACAGGUUGUAGUACCGUGUGUGACCAGAGGGUGGCGGUGUUUGACCAUCAACAGAAACAUUUAUACGGUGCCGAAGAAGACGUCCCCGGAAGCUGUACUGCUCGCAGCUGAGUGUUUUUAGUUGUAUCCUGUUAAAGGUUUAUUAAAAUGUGUGUGUUGAGGCUGUGACACGGUGACAGGCUGAAUUCAGACCGAGUCCAUGAUGUGUGACCUUGAGGAGGUGCGGAGGCGCGUGGAGGAGAGCCUGGCUGCUGCGGAGGAGGAGAUACUCCGCUGUGUGGAGGAGGAGAAGCUGCUGCAAACAUCAGAUGUUUCAGCUGAGCAGCAGAGGGCAGCUGUUCACAAGCGGCUGUCGGCGGUUGCCGACGAGAUCUUCAGGAUCUUGGAGAGAAUGAUCCGAGAAUACGAGGCAGAAGUGUCCAGCUCCCACGAGGAGAUCCAACGUCAACGGCAACUACUGGACGUCAUGUCGAAGACGGAGACAAAUGUUCACAGAUCAGACAGACGGACACUCUCUGGGUCGGACUGUGAAAUGGACGUUUCCUCUGAGCAGAGCAGGAGCUGCAGUCAGGUCCAGAAAACAUCAAACCUGCCGCAGACCAAAGAUGCGUCCACAGAGACGGACUGUGAGUUGAUCCACGGUAAGGCCUCACAUCUUCACCAGACACAAAGAGCAGAGAGGGGCACCUCCACUGUGACGGAAACGCUGCCACCUAGAGACCACAGUCUCUCAUCAAACAAUUCAGAAGCUGUGAGUGAAGAUGAUGACAGUGACGAUGAACAUCUGAAAUCAAACAAAAGAAAAACAUUUCGGAGUCAGGGGGAGGAGUGUUGCAGAAUGUGUGGAAGGUCUUUCCCAAAAAGUGUUGCAGGGAGGAAAAUAAAAAAGCAGGACAAGAAAGUUCCUGCAACAAACAGAAGCCUGACGGCGGGGCAGAGCUGCUGCAGAGUGUGCGGGAAGUUUUUCCGGUACAAACGAUCUUUUCUGAAACACGUGCUCACUCAUGAACAAAGCUCAGAUCUGUGCGGAGCCUGCGGGAAACACCUGGGCUCCGACGAGAGCUUGGCGGCGCAUUUACAAACCCACAAUGAAGAAAACAGCUGCAGGGACCAGACGGAGGACAGACAGUCGGAGGCUGAGGGCUCUGACGCUGAGAGUAAAGUGGACAGUGAUGAGGAGUGGAGGGACAGCGAGGGAAGUGACAGUGAUGAUGGAGACAGCGAGAAAGAGGAGAGCAAAGACGGACCAAAGUCAAAAUCAAAAGGAUCAAACAAACCUAAAGGACCUAAAAAUAAUGACAACAAAGAUUUAUCAAAUCUGAAAUACCUCUGUAAAGUCUGCGCCAAGUCUUUCUGCUACAGAGCCUCGUUUCUGAAGCACGUGUUAGAGGACGAGCGGGAUACAGAUCUUUGUGGCGUGUGCGGGAAACGUUUUGAGUCUGAGGACAGCUUGAGGCUUCACCUGCAAACGUACAUCCGGACGAACGACUGCGAGGUCUGCGGCAAACACUUCGAGGCCCACAAACAGCUGGAGAUGCACAUGAGGACGCACACGGGAGAGAAGCCGUACAUCUGCACCGUCUGUGGCAAGGCCUUCGCCCAGAACGGAAACCUGAUGGGUCACAUGAGGGUUCACACGGGGGAGCGGCCGUACGUCUGCAGCGUGUGCGGCCAGAGCUUCGGCUUCAAAGAAUACAUGACCGCUCACAUGAGGAUCCACACGGGCGAGAAGCCGUUUCUCUGCAGCGUCUGCGGGAAAGGCUUCAGGCAGCGGGGCACUCUGAAGACACACAUGAUGAUCCACACGGGGGAGUCCACGCACCGCUGCAGCGUGUGCGACAAGAAGUUCUACAAGAGCGGAGCGCUGAAGAUCCACAUGAGGUCGCACACGGGGGAGAAGCCGUAUCUGUGCAACGUUUGCGGGAAAAGCUUCACGGCGAGCGGCUCGCUGACGAAACACAUGGGCGUCCACGAGGGGGAGCGGACGCACAGCUGCAGCGUGUGCGGGACAGGAUUCGUGAGGAGGGAGGACCUGAACAGACACGUACAGACUCACGAGGUCGAGUCCACACAGCUGACGAGUCUUUAAUGCCUGUUAAAGGAAUAGUUCAACAUUUUAGGCUGUACGCUGAUUUGCUUUCUUUCCAAGAGAAGGAUCAGGCAAAUAAUUUAUUGACAGAAAAUUUAUGACCAAUUGUUUGUCAUUUUUCAAGCAAACGCCAAACCCUGCCCAAUUUACUGUUGCUGUUUUUCUGUCUUAUCUAAAAGUCAAUUGAUGAUUUGUGGGAUUAUGGACUGUUGAUCAGACCCGAUCAGACUGGGCUUCAGAAAAUUGGCAUUUCGCGUCUUUUUUUGUUGUUGACAUUCGUCACAUAGGACUGGGCGAAAUGGACAACUUCAGCAUCUCAGCAUUUACAGCCUUAAGGGUGAUACUUAAGGAGAAAAUGUAAGAUGUUUUGUGCAACCGGUCCCAGAAUUUUUGGGGUGAAAUGUCCCUUUAACAUUCAAAACUGUAUUGUUGAGGACAAAUUCUGGACACUUAGAGAUUUAUGAUCUCAUUAAGGCUCUUUCCAGGUUGAACAAAGUUGUCAGCAUAAAUAUACAUUUUAUAAAGCAAACAGCCAUUUUAUUAAAAAAAUAAUUAGCAGAUCAAUCGAUGACGGAAAUAAUUGUUGAUCUAAUGUUGUGUGUGUAUUAAAUAUGGAGCUGGGUUUAGGACGUGGUUAACCUAUCUUAGCAUGAAGACUGAAAGCAGCUGUCUAAAGUUGAAGAAUACCUUGAAAUCUACUUUUAGGAAAGAAAGCAGAUAUUUUCCUGAAUGUGAAACUAUUCCUUUAAGUGGCACUUUAUAACAUUUUACACCUCAAAAGGAAAAAUCCUGACAUGUUGGUUUGACAUGCAUUUUUACUUGUUAUAUUCAUAUGGUUUUGCAUGUUUUCUGUAAAAAAAAAAAAGGUUUAGAAACAUUAUCACUUAUAAAAAUUAAGAAAAAAUAAAUCUUUGUACUGUUACAGUCAAUCCUGUGCUGACUCACACAACCAGAACAAGUCUCUGUGCCUUUUUAAGAUUUUUGGCACACUCAGUGAACCCUAAAAGAUCUUAUUAAAUCAGAAUUUUUUGGUACUUGUGGCAUUUUUAAUGCAACUUUUUUGUAGAACUUGGUUCAUUAAAAACAGGUAGUUGAGACACUUUUUUGAAGCUUGAUGUGUUUUAAAUGUUUGUCAUUGUACAAUUUGGGCAUCAAACAACGUUCGUUUUUUUGCGUUGUUGAGGAUGAACAUUUGUACAAGUAAACUGAUUUUCUGAAUCUUUUUAUGCAGAAAAUUCCAAAAUUAUUUAUUAUAAUUUGUAUAGUGACAUUCAAAAAGCAAUUAUAUUGCCAAAUUUGGAAGGAAAAAAAGGACACAAUAUCCACAAUUUGAUGCAGAUCUAAAACAUUAUAAGGUGGGAUAAUUCUGACGUUGCAAGUGUUAGAUUUAAUUGCGUAGUUUGCAAAAAGAUGUGCCAACUAAGUCCAAAUUUAAUUAAAGAGAGAUAAAGGGAACUCCUUUUUAAGGGAAUCUAUUGAGAACACUGUCACCUCUCUUAUUUCUGCAGCUGCCUGUUAUCUAUCGAUUUUUGUUUGUUUGUUUGUUUUUAAACUCCUGUGAUGUAAGUCUGGACUUGACACCAUGUUAUUGAUAUUUAAUAAACACAAAGAAAUAUUAAAAGCUUUAACAAUAUUUGAGUAUAUCAGGCUGGGAUUUUUCUACAAAGAUGUAGCAUUUAAUGAUAUGUGCUGUAGAUCAUAUAAAACAUAUGCCUGUUUUAUGUUUUUGAUAGACAAAACCCAUGCAUGUUUCUUAGUCUGAUCACCGACUAAAAUUAUUAUAUUCGCCAAGAUUAGUUUUCUUUUUUUUUUUUAAUAGUUUGUCUUAAUGGAGAGAUUUUACAAAAUGUUUUGUUUCAAGCCAAUGUUUUACUUGUUUCUCUUUAUUUAAAGUUUAUAUGAAACUGCUUUUUAAAAUUCACAGUUAAGAUUUUGGUUAUGUUCAUUUCACAAUUUCUUUUUCAAAGUCUCAUAAAAUGGUGCUAUCCUGUUUUAAAUCAUCAAUAAAUGCAGGAAAUCUCACAUUUUGUUCUUGACUGAUUAUUGCGAACAUUGUUUUGAAGAAGCAGCCUCAGGCCAAUGCC